AUGGACUUCAACCUGUCCGUUGGCGGAGUCGCGCACUGGCUUGACGCCCUACCAUUUGACCAGGCCGCGACCACACCCGAAGCUGAUCGCCAGCGUACACGGAAGCGACGAGCCUCUUUCAGGCGCAGCGAAACGCGCAAACGCCAACGACAACGACAUCCCAUCUCUCCUCCCGCCUCGCAAGUCGCACGCAAAGCGUCCUCGUCGAACUCGACCGCCCCCGCUAUGGCACCCUCGACACCAAAAAAGUCACCCGGCAAGCGGCCAGCCAGCGAUGCCCCAAUGGUGGACACUGACCAGACACCAAGGGUCUCAAAGGCCAGCGCAAGCAAAGGCCCGGUUACCAGCGCUCCUAGUCUGUCCUCGUCCCAGAGCGAUGCAGCCUGUUCGCACGAUAGCAAGCGGUCGAGGCGAUCGCAGUCACCAUCCAAGUUGUUCCCUUUGUACGGACCUGACGGCCACCGGCUCGUCCGAGGUUCGCUCGGUAUGGCCGCACCAACUGAUCCUCUAUCUCCAGCUCUUCGGAGUUUCUUGGGGGACAUCAACGAUGUGGCGGGCAGACACUGCAUCAUGCCGCAAAGGGUCAAGGCGGCUCUGGCAGAGCACCUCGCGGCUUCAGGCCAGUUUGACCGGUUGCACGAAUAUAUGUUCUUUGACGAUGCAACAGGUCCUUGGAGCGAGCAGACACGGCAUGAUAGUCGUAGUGGGGAGGAGCUGGUUCGUCGCGCUUCGCACAUUGCCGCCCGGUCCAGCGACUGCUCCCGCAUGCUCAGUGACGAGUCUGCCUGGAAUAACCUUGUGCACUCCCCGCUGCUUGAUAUGCUUGUGUAUGAUAUGCGGGAUGGUCCGGGCCAGGAUAUUCUGGACUUCGUGCCCUGUACGACGACCAGCAUCGACCCAGCAUAUCACCACUUUCCCGACGCCGCCAGCCGUAUUGACUACGUCCUCCAGCUGCUGCCCGAGCGAGAUCCAAAAAUCAAUAAAUCAUAUGAGGCGCUGGCCUUGGGUAUGGCCCCGUGCUUCAACUGCACCGCGGAUCGGCUACUGCAGCAGUACCCGCUGGCCGUCAGUAUCGAGACUAAGCGUCAUGGUGGCAAUGCGGCCAAGGGGGAGCAGCAGCUCGGCAUCUGGCACGCCGCGCAUUGGGAGUUUCUUGCGUCACGGGCCGGCGCCGAGGCUAUCGACGACCUCGACUUCCUCCCCGGCGUCGUGGUCCAGGGUCACACCUGGUCACUUGUCAUCACUGUGAGGCGUCAGGCUACAACGAUAGUACUGUGUAGUGUCGAGUUUGGCAACACGAGCUCGACCGUCGGCGUGUUUCAAGUCCUCGCUGGUCUGCGGCGGCUGCGUAGUUGGUCAAUAGACGUCAUGUGGCCAUGGUGUACGCAGUAUUUGCCAGGGCUUUCCAACCCUUCUAGCGGCGGCAAACCGACGCCUGCUGCUGCUGUCGCCGAGGAAACGAUCCUAGGCGGGUAA